AUGGUGUACUACUUCAGCGGAAGGAAAUGGAUUUUUGGGGACAUUUUCUCCAAGAUGACAAGAUUCUGCUUCAACGUGAACUUGUACUGCAGCAUCGGGUUCCUCACCUGUAUUAGUGUGUACAGGUACCUGGCCAUCGUCCAUCCUCUGAGAAUGAUGGGAAGACUAACUGUGACUCAUUCUGUGCUGAUCUCAGUCCUUGUUUGGCUUUUGGUGAGUGUUCAAAGUAUGCCAGACAUCUUUUUUCCAAAAUCAGUCAAUGGCACAGAAAAGUGCUUCCACUCUACAAGCCAUGAAAAGACUGAGGAUUACCUAACAUACAGCCUUGUGUGGACAACCACUGGAUUUUGUAUCCCAUUACUCAUCACUCUGGGCUGCUACGGACAUGUGACUUUUGUUCUUUGUCGCAGGAACACUAUAGAGAAGACACUGAGACAAAAGUGUGUGAAAUUUCUUUUCAUCUUGAUUCUUCUUUUCUCCGUCUGUUAUAUUCCUUAUCACGUCUUUAGGAACCUAAGUCUCUUUUCUAGAAUUCAGAGCAAACAGAAUAUUUGUGUUUGGUGGGAUAAACAUGUUUUUACAGGUCAUCAGAUCAGUCGGGGGCUUGUGUGUCUGAACAGUGCUCUCAAUCCUCUGGUUUAUCUUCAGAUGAGUGAACAUAUUCUCACUCACAUCCGACAGCUCCCACAACAAGUUUGUAAGAUUUUCCAUUAUAUGUUUGUGUGCAGCAGGAACAGCGUUGCUGUGUCACAAAAUGAAGACAUUUAGAAUUUCUUUUGGGCUCAGAAACUCCUGAAAUGUCUACCACAUUCUCUGCGUAAAACCUUUUCUUUGUUUUGUCCCAGUUUACAUAUAUAUAUAUGCAAAGACAUAGAUGCAAAGACAUAUGCUUAAGAAGGAAUCUGUUUUUGUGAACAUGACAAAAAUGUUUUACCUUGGUUGAAUUUGUUCUUAAAAACAAAAAAAGUCUGAUAGUAAUUUUGUGAAAUACUAGGGAUGCCACAAAUCUCAGUUUAAAACCAAAUCCAAUGUUGCAGCCUUUAGUGAAUUGAGGAAGGGAAUCAUUGCAUCUCUGCUGCAGAUCAGUAUAAAUACAGGACAGACCAAAAAUUUGGACACACCUUCUCAUUCAAAUGAAUGGGAAGGUGUGUCCAAACGUUUGGUCUGUACUAUAUGAUUCAAGUGUCAAAUAUGUGUUGUACUAAAUUUAAGGAUUUAUCAUUUAAUGUUUUAUUACAUAAAACAGCCUUAGUAUGAGCCAACUGAAACGUUUUCUUCAUUGUUACUUGCUUUUUUGUGAAUAAAAAAAGGAUUUUUUCCAAUGUUUUGUUUGUUAUUGUUUUUUUGUAGUACACAAAUCUUGUAUCAAACUUAAACAAAACCAUAGCCCCAAGAAAACUCUGUUGUUCUUUAUAGAAUUUACCUUAAAAAAUGCUAAACCACCACAACUUUUAUCUAUUUUGUGAGGGGUUAAGCCCGACAUAGUGACUGUCAUAAUUAUUGGGAGGCCUGAUCACAUCAGACAUUGGUUCUGCGAAGUCCUUCAAUUUCUGAUAAUGCACAUGUCCAACUGCAUUACCCCACUCUCGAAAAUGUGUUUUCACUUAGUUACAAUUACUUUAAUCUUGUUUUUUAUUUUCAAGUUGAAAUUGUUUUUCUUUGAUAUGACGUGACGGGUUGUCAUUGCAACGGCUACUGAUACCGCAAUGUCCUCACACUGUAGCAGCAAAGAUAGUGGUGUAUUCCAAACAUAAGUCGAAUACAUUUCUAGAAAGGUCUAGGUUGUAGACGCUAGUCAGCUAAGUUCUGCUUCAUCCAGACCUAUGCAAUACAGCAGCUGCAGUUGGUGUAAUGGUAAUAAGCAGUAGAGACUGGAUUUAUGGCUCUUUGGAGGGAGCCAAAUCUUUUUCAAAGAGCCAUUCAAAAGACUGGCUGCUUUGGAUCCAAAAUUCAACUCAAUCUCUGUACAUUAAACCAGAUCUGCCACAAAAGAACUGUUACCAUUACCCGCCUCAGGAAUUCUUAUGGAGAGAGAUCUUUUCUUCAUUUUAUCACUAAAGCAUGGAAUGAGCUACCAUCAGUCAUCUGAACAAAUACAUGUGCCACUACAAAACCCACAUUUCAUGUACCUUUCAUACUGUUUGUAUGUACUGUGAUGAUUGGAAGCUUAUGAUUCCAUGUUUCUUUUGUGUGAUAACUGUACUGCAGUUUUUAAACUGAAUCAGCCCAGAUUGUAUGUUAAAUAUUUUCCUGUUUAAUAAAU